UUUGGAAAUGUUGCGUACAUGAAAAACUCGUCAUCUUAUGUAUAGCGUUAUUGCAAUAUCGUAAAUGCCACAUAGGAAUACACAACAAGUUUUGUAAAAAAGCACACCUUGUGAAACCGAAAAUAAACGACAUCUAAAAAUAGAACAAGCCUAAAGCUAUAAAUAUGUGCACGCUUCGGUGAACGACAAAAAGCAUGAACGAGUGGAUCAUGUGGUAAAUUAUCGUCUGAAAUCAACGCGGAUUGUUGUUAUCACUGUGUGUAUAAACAUUCCCUUUGACGGAUACUACAUAGUUUUUAUCGUGUGUCGGAUUUUUUGUUUCAUUUGAAUAAAUGUGGCAUGGCAGAUCCGGAAGAAAAUAAGUUCAUAAAGUGCGUCGUCGUCGGCGAUGGUGCUGUCGGCAAGACAUGCAUGCUCAUGAGUUACGCAACGAACAAAUUCCCGACGGAAUAUGUACCGACGGUCUUCGAUAAUUACGCAGUCACUGUCACUGUACGUGGAACUUCGUACCAGCUGGGCUUGAUCGACACAGCAGGGCAGGAAGAGUACGAGGGAUUAAGGAGCCUGUCUUAUCCGGGCACCCAUGUGUUCCUUUUGGCCUACUCAGUGGUAAUGCCGGACACCAUGCAAAACCUAGAAUACAAAUGGAUACCGGAAAUACGGACUAACUCUCCCGCCUCAGCGUUCUUAAUCGUUGGAACCCAAACAGACCUUCGGGAUAACGAGAAAAUAAGGCAAAAGUUACAGAAACGAAAACAAAAACCUGUUACGCCGGAAGAGGGCGCUCGACUCGCGAAAAGAGUGAACGCCGACUGUUACGUUGAGUGUAGCGCGUUUACGCAACAGGGUCUAAAAGACGUCUUUGACGAGGCCAUGUUGGCGGUGUUAGAACCAAAAAUCAAACGACGGAGACGCGUGAAAAAUGGACGGACUAGAUGUACAAUAUUAUGAACGUGAGCGAAACUUUGAGAGAGAUUACUUACGUUUAAAGAACGUGUGAAUUUAUGAUGAGUACUUUGCAGUUUAAGGAACGGGGCAGCUCGGCGUUGAACGAUUAUUUAAACCACGAGGGCCCUGUGAACACAUAGAAACAGAUAUGUUGAUGUUACUAAACACCGAAGUUGUGAACAUAAAUGUGUUAGCAAUAUACCAAGUCCAUGUAGUAAAUGAGAAUGUUUUUUUUUGUUCACCUUCGUGUUUAAUUGUUGUUUGUUGAAUAUAGGAAAUGACUAUUAUAUUGCCAAACAACCUGUGCACCAUGUCCUUACACUCCCUUGAUACAUAAUUAUGCAAUGUUUUGUUUACAGCAAUGGGCAAAAAUGAGUGACCAAAAAAGUUAGUUGUGUUUAGAUAUUAAUUUUGAAAUAUAGAUUUCGCCAGCCUGUCAAAACAUUUGGGCGUCGUACAUUAAUUAUAGUAUUAUAUUUGGUGUCAUUGUGUUCAUUUCACUUACUUGAUGACAUGUUAAAUUCCAUCAAAUUGUGCAUAUAAUUGUUUUGAUUGAAAUAAUCUGACGCAAUUUUACAUUCUUUUGCUAGCAUCGAUUUUAUAAAAUGUUCAAAAACUUUCAAGAGAUGUGAUAAAAGAGAUCUUUAACGUAAAUAUAAUUAAAACAAAUCACUGCCGUGCUUAUUGAUUUAUGUUUAGAUAAAAAUGUGCAACAUAGUGUGAUCGGUCGAUACAUGCCGUAGAACGUUAUCACACCCGUGUCAGUUCAAUUCAUGGGUAAUUUACAUACUCGGGCCGUAUUGACUCAUGUCAUCCGUCAUAUUCAAAUACUGUUCAGAUAUUGUGUUCCCUUGUGACUGUGUAUGCCCAAGGAGUUAUUAAGCAUUACACGGUCCCUACUUCCCCAAACAUUUGUGUUCAAUUCUGUCAGCUACUUUGUGGAUCUCGCUCAAACUGUCAAAGUUGACUUACAUAAAUUUUAAGAUGGUGGUAUGAAAUAGAAAGGCAUUAUAGCUUCGACAAGUUUUGGCAGAAUUAUUGGCCUUUGUUGACGCGACCAGUAAAGCCUGAAUUAUGACCCUUGAUCAUGUCCGUUGUAGCAUAUACAGACGUCUGAGUAGAUGUGCAUGUGUCAAAACAUGACUUGUGAGAUCAUCAGUGUCUGCGACAGAUUUUCUAUUAAACUUUUGACUGAAAUUAUUAGUUUUAAUUAAUCUGUGUUACAAUAUCAUGCUUAACUUUAUCUUUAAUUUAUUGUUAAUUCCAUAAAGAAUGCAUUAUCUGUUAUUAAUGUCGUUCAUGUUCAGUUCGUUCACUUAAAUACAUUGAUUAUUUUAAUGUUAUUUUGCUUUGUUGUUCCGUAAUAAUUAUACCAUGUAUUUUUUCCAAGCAAACGCAGAUAUGAAAAGAUGUUAUUCGAACACAGUGAAAGCUGUUUUCCCGCCAAUUUACACGAGGUUCACAUUAAAUUGACAUAAAUCAAUCGAGUUAUAUAUUGUGAUUGAAAUUAUCGUGACCUCACAUCUUUUGUCAAUUUAUGAAUAUAUUUAUGUUACAAACCCGUAUAUAACAGUUAAACAGUCAAUCGUUGUUUGUACCGGGUAGCGUCUAAUGUGUACGUCUUUUGCAUACAAUUUAUCAUUACCAUUCGGAUAACAUAACUGCGUACAAUAUUUCUAACAAGUCCUUACACAACUAUGGAGCACUGGAUCUUUAUCGCAUGGAUGGUAAAUGAAAUAAUUGUAGAAGUAUACAUGUAUGUUUGUUUUUGUAUUAAAGUUGAUUUACAUCGAUGUUUCUUCUAAAAACUUUGUUGAGGAAAUAAAGCAAUACGCAAUAUA